UACAGUUGCUUACAUUCAACAUAUCAACACCUCCAAAGGGAAGAAAAGAAGAACUUUAUUUCACUGGACGCUUUUCACAGAAAUCUUGUUGAACUGUUGCUUUUUCUUUACCUUUUUUGUCUAUACACACACACACACACACACACAAACAGUCCCAUCUGAGUUGUACUUCACCAGCAAAUUGCCAAGAUGUCCAGGGUAGCCAAAUACAGAAGGCAAGUCAGUGAAGAUCCGGAUAUUGACAACUUAUUGUCGACCCUGUCUCCAGAGGAGAUGGAAGAGCUAGAAAAAGAGCUGGAUGCAUCUGACACAGAUGGAAGCCUUCCUGUGGGGCUUGGGCAGAAAGACCAAACUGACAAGCAAAUGAGUGGGAAGUACAGCCGAGAAAAAGAGCCCAAGAGGAGUUUGCAGAGGGAAAAGGCGGCAGAUGAAGAGAAAACAGCAAAGAAGAAAGAAGGAAAGAUUCUUGAAGAAAAACAUAAGGAUAUUUAUGAAAAAGACACAAGAAGAAGCAAACUUUCUGACCAAGCAAAAGAAUGUAAAAAAGAAGAAAAUGUACCAAAGGCAAAUAAAAAAGCAAAGGAUGAACCAGACAGUAUUAAGAAAACUGGACAGAACAAAGAAGAGAAGUCCUCCAAGGAGGAAAAGAAAGUCUUAAAGGAGAAAAAUGAAACAGAAGACAAAAAUACGACUGCCAAAGUGAGAGGGGAAGAAAAGACUGCAGUCUCAAAAAACAAACUAGCUGACAACAAAGGGAAGGAGGAGAAGGCUUUUGAUUUAAAGAGAGGCACUGAGAAGAGAGAAGAUAAAAAAGGAACAGAGAGAAUAGGAGAUAAAAGUUCAAUUUUAAAGCAAAGUUCAAAGACAGGAAGUGAAGAGAAAUCACUGAGAGACAGCAAAGGAGCCUCAGAGGGGAAAAGCUCUAAACCAAGCGAGGAGAAAUUGCUGAGAGACAGCAAAGUCACCUUAGACGGGAAGAACGCUAAACAAGAGCAAGAGGUAACAAAGGAAGUGGAUCCUGAUAGCGACUCCUCUAAAUCUGUAGACACUUCUUCCAACCAGAACAAGGAAGAGGAAGCCACCAGUAUCUUUGAUGAGCCACUGGAAAAAGUGAAGAAUAACGAUCCAGAUCUGACAGAGAUUAACGUCAAUAAUUCCGACUGUAUCAACAAUGAAAUCCUGGUGCGCUUUGCUGAAGCCUUAGAAUUUAACACUGUAGUCAAGAUCUUUGCAUUGGCCAACACCCGUGCUGACGAUCAUGUUGCCUUUGCCAUAGCCAUAAUGUUGAAGUCCAACAAGACUCUGACCAGCAUAAACUUAGACUCUAAUCACAUAACAGGCAAAGGGAUCCUUGCAAUCUUCCGCGCACUGCUACAGAACAAUGCCCUGACAGAGCUGCGCUUUCACAACCAGAGGCACAUUUGUGGAGGGAAAACUGAGAUGGAGAUAGCCAAGCUGCUGAAAGAAAAUAUCACCUUGCUGAAGCUAGGUUACCACUUUGAGCUAGCAGGACCCCGCAUGACAGUCACCAACCUCCUGAGCAGGAACAUGGACAAGCAACGACAGAAACGUCUGCAGGAGCAGAAGCAGGCUCAACAAAAGGGAGAGAAGAAGGAUUUCCUGGAGGUGCCGAAGGCUGGAGGCCUGCCAGCGAGUUCACCUAAGGCUUCUCCAAAGCCAUCCCCUAAAACAUCCCCAUGGUCUUCUCCCAAACCUUCUCCUAAGAAAGCAGCCCUGGAUGCACCGCCCCCACCCCCACCCCCUCUAGCCCCUCCUCUGGCCCCUCCCCUGAUCAAUGAAGACUUAAGGAAGUCUCUUUCCCCAGCAACUCAAAGGAAGAUGGUAGAAAAAGCUCUACCUCCACAAGAGAAGAACUCCCGAGAUCAACUUCUGGCAGCCAUUCGCUCCACCAACCUCAAACAACUGAAGAAGGUGGAGGUUCCCAAAUUACUUCAAUAGGGUAUGGAAUCUAGACUUCCUAGAAGGACGAGAUUGCCAAGUCUGAAUCACCAUGUUUGUCUCUCAGGUGACUGUUUACAUGAAAAAGACUCAGUAGGAACAGCAAUCGGUCCUGCACCAACCCCAGAAGACCAGCGUUCUCUGUGGGACUGAAUUGGAGGGAUGGGCAGGACCAGCUGCCAAGGAGGCCUGGGUGUCAGAAAACAACAAUAUUUAUUCUCAGAACUUUUUAAAAUCAGAAACAUUUGCUCCAAGGAAGGACUCCGGAGAAAGUCGUAUAUCUGGUCUGCCUGUCCAGUUUACCUUUAAAAGAAUUUAGAAAGUAAAGUGGCAGAUAUGGUAAGUCGAGAGAACGCUGCUUGUCCUUCUAGCUACCAGGCAACAACACUGCAGUCAUCUGCCACUAGAAAUAUAAGAACAAAACCACGCUGGAGCAGCAUCACUAGGAAAAAACAGUUGGACCCAACUUCAACACAGGAUGACUCCAAAACAAGUAGCACUAGGUUCUUGGCAUCUGCUACUAGAGCCAACUGGCAGCACUGUUGUCAUUCUACCUGGAAGCUAACCAUGUAGGAGGAUGAGGGAGAAAUUACUGGGCCAAAUCCAAUUUUCUAUUAUGUUUGUGAUCUCUAGGAUUCUGAUUCUUUGAUAGUACAAAAGAUAGAUGUAUGUAGAACAGGAUUUCUGUAGCCUCCACAGGAGGUGUAAAGAAUUCUGUAUGUGUUUGUCUAUAUAAAGUGUGUUAAGGGCUUCUUGUGGUGACAGAAACCUAGCGGUAAGCAUGAGAGUGAGCACUAGAACAGAAUGGAUUGUGAAUCAUGUUACUGGGGGUGGGGCUACAUAAUGCCAGCACCUUGGAAGUGAGUAAUCUUACAAACUAGUUGGGAAUCUACUAACCUGAUGGGCCUGGUGAGAGAAGGAAACUAGUUAAUACUGGUCAUUUGUGAGAGGUGAUAGAAAAGGCAAGCAAUGGCCAUUACUUGUAUAAUGUAAUGAAAGCCUUGAAUCACACUGAAAAAAUGCAUGUAGUAUACCAAAGCUCAGGGCAAACACUGUCAACAUCCUAUUGAUAUUCUUCAAGUAUCUGGCCUCCAGAGAUGUCCUGGAGGAGAUAGAUGAAGUCAACAUGAAAUUCCUGCUUCCUACAUGCCAGGGCACUUAUUUUUUCUGCAAUGACAUUUUAUGGGCCAGAAAGUUCCUGUGCCAGUUCCUCUUUUUAAAAUUGUUAUGUAUAUUGAUUUAAAAAUAAAGAAAUCCCCAGGUGAAUGGCAUUCUGAACCUGUAGACCAACAUCUUCUACUCUGAGGUCCAGACACCAAGAUGCUCAGUCUAUGAAGAUGUUGAGUUCUCCAACUAAAUUGAGUGCCAGUUCAACUAUCCUUGUUUCCUCCCUCAUUUUAAGCACGUGAAGCUGAAUUCAUACACUAUCUUUGUAGCAUGGCUGCCACAAAAUAUUCUUUUGAGGUUUGCUUCCAUGUUGCCUCAGUAACACAUGGAAGUUCUGUAUCAAAUGGGUAGUCUAAUCACAUUCCACAUCAGCAUCAUCAGCCCUGUACACUGGUGAUGAGAGAAGCACCCAGGUAAUUCAAACUACUCAUGUGGUGUGGAGCAUCUGUAUGCUACUGAUUUAGCAUUUGAGAUCACUGCAGGGGAGCAGUUUUGCAGUGGCAAACAUGUCACAAGAAUUGGUCCAAGAAAGGGAAAGUAACAGUUAACUUUGGAUACGCAUCCUAUUUUUGCUGCUUGAGAUGGGAAUUGCUCUCUUUUUUCCUUGCCUGAAGGCCAUGUUUGACUGAACAAUGCAGGUAGUAUGAGCACUCAGCUUGAAAUGGGCAUAAAGAUCCCCUAUAUCAUGUGAAGAAAAAUGUGCAAAAGGAACCCAGCUAUAACUAUCAGGGUUGUGUUAUAAUUAUUAAGUAGCAGUUUCCUCACAAGGGUGAAUAAAGGGCAGUUUGAUCACAAGCCAUUUUAGCUGGAACUCUUGGGUAUUACCAGUGUCAUGCACUUGGGGGUCGGUCCAAGUACUUUAGCUUAACUGGUUUGUGACUCAGGCUGUACAUUUUUUAAAUCUAUGCAUUUGUAUAAGAGUUUAAUAUAUAGAAGGAUGGAUAAAUCUAAUGUCACUCUACCUGCAGCAGUAUUGUAUUUCUCCCACAAACUGCCAAAUCAUGUUCACUCUAACAUAAGUAGUUCAGGUGCAAGCUAGUAUAUUAUUUAUACAACAGGUCCUCCAUAGCAUAAUUGUAUGGACACAGGUCCAUCCUGGAGAUUCAGUAUGGAUUUCACCCUUGCCAGAUGACCCAGUUAAUAUUAUGGAGGGAGAAGUCCUGUUUCUAAAAUGGUAAUGAGAUGUAUGCAUUGCCUCAAUGAAAUUCAUGUUACUUCUGAUAAAAGCAGGAUACAGAGGAAAUCACUGCACGCAAGGCAAUCCUGGUCUUUUGUGGUUAGGACAAAUCCGGGGGUGGGGGGGGGUGGGGGGGAGGUGGAGAGAAAAUAAAAGAGGCAAAUCACUUGAGCUCAAGUGCAGAGGCUGCUGCAGUUUUCAGCUCUGUAACUCCUGAAUGUAAACCCUCUUUACAAUAUGUACAGUUCACUCACACCUUCAUUAAUAAAGCUCGCACAAUG